UGUGCACUAUGCCAACAGCCAAUCCGUGCUGAGCGACGACUGACGCGGGCCACUCACCUGUCCUCAUUGGCGUCUUUACAUUUUGGGAAUACCUUUGGAUAAUAGGACGCUAUGUAUAAAUAACCCAGCUACCAAGACUUCUUUACCUACAUAUCCUCCUCUGUUUCUCCUUGCUGCAAACGCACAGACACUGAUCUUCAUCAUGCCUACCCAGCUGGAAGGUGCCAUGGAUACCAUGAUCCGGAUCUUUCACCAUUAUUCUGGCAAAGAAGGUGACAAGUACAAGCUGAACAAAGGAGAACUGAAGCAACUCCUGCAGAGCGAGCUGACAGAUUUCCUUGCUUGUCAAAAAGAUCCACAGCUAGUCGACAAAAUCAUGAAUGAUCUGGACUCCAAUAAAGACAAUGAAGUUGACUUCAAUGAAUUCGUAGUGCUGGUGGCAGCUCUGACCGUGGCAUGUAAUGAUUUCUUUGAAGAGCAGCUGAGGAAAAAGGGAAAAUAA